CCCCGGUAAUACUACGCCUUCCAAACAUUCCCUUAUAAAUUCCCUCAACACUUUCAUCCUCUCUUCACUCUUCGUUCUCGCGAUAGCGAACGAGCUUUCUUGAACCUUCUUCUUUCUUCAAGAACUUGACGCUUUCUUUCUAAAUUUGCUCUCAUGGACACUAAGAUCGGAUCCCUCGACACCUGUAAGGCAGAAACCAACACCGUUGGGUGUCUAUCCAGCGAUGGCGUUUCGGCCAUACAGAGCUUCGUCCCCACCACUUUUGUCAACUCGUCCGAGUCAACACUGGGUCGCCACCUCGCUCGUAGGUUGGUUCAAGUUGGCAUUACCGACGUGUUCUCGGUUCCCGGCGACUUUAAUCUGACUCUCCUUGAUCACCUCCUCGCCGAACCGGGGCUCAACCUCAUUGGCUGCUGCAACGAGCUCAACGCCGGGUACGCUGCCGACGGUUACGCGCGAUCGCGUGGCGUCGGUGCCUGCGUUGUCACUUUCACAGUCGGUGGCCUCAGUGUUCUCAACGCCAUCGCCGGAGCUUACAGUGAGAAUCUGCCCGUCAUUUGCAUCGUUGGUGGGCCCAACUCCAACGAUUACGGUACUAACAGAAUUCUUCACCACACAAUUGGGUUGCCUGAUUUUAGUCAAGAAUUGCGGUGCUUCCAGAAUGUCACUUGCUAUCAGGCUGUGGUGAAUAACUUGGAGGAUUCACAUGAGUUGAUAGAUACUGCAGUAUCAACAGCGUUGAAAGAAAGCAAGCCUGUUUAUAUUAGCAUAAGUUGUAACUUGCCGGCGAUCCCCCAUCCUACUUUUAUCCGAGAUCCAGUGCCAUAUUCACUGACUCCCAAACUGAGCAAUCGGAUGGGCUUAGAGGCAGCAGUGGAGGCAACUGUAGAGUUCUUGAACAAAGCAGUGAAACCGGUUAUGGUGGCUGGGCCUAAGCUGCGAUCUGCGAAGGCAUGUGAGGCCUUUGUUGAACUAGCUGAUGCUUGUGGAUAUGCACUUGCUGUGAUGCCAUCGGCCAAAGGGCUUGUGCCCGAGCACCACCCUCAUUUCAUUGGCACUUACUGGGGAGCUGUGAGCACUGCAUUCUGUGCUGAGAUUGUGGAAUCUGCUGAUGCAUACCUGUUUGCUGGACCCAUUUUCAAUGACUACAGCUCUGUGGGUUACUCUCUUCUUCUCAAGAAAGAGAAGACAGUCAUUGUGGAGCCUGAUAGGGUCACAAUUGCGAAUGGCCCUGCAUUUGGGUGCAUUCUGAUGAAGGAUUUUCUGAGAGCACUCGCGAAAAAGCUCAAGCGCAACACCACUGCUUAUGAGAAUUACCACAGGAUUUAUGUUCCUGAGGGGCAUCCUUUGAAGAGUGCUCCAAAAGAACCUUUGAGGGUUAAUGUGUUAUUUGAACACAUACAGAAAAUGCUGUCUAAUGAAACAGCUGUGAUCGCUGAGACAGGGGAUUCUUGGUUUAAUUGCCAGAAACUCAAAUUGCCAAAGGGUUGUGGGUAUGAGUUCCAGAUGCAGUAUGGAUCAAUAGGUUGGUCUGUGGGUGCGACCCUUGGAUAUGCACAAGCUAAGCCAGAGAAGCGUGUUAUUGCUUGCAUCGGUGAUGGUAGCUUCCAGGUGACUGCACAGGAUGUGUCGACAAUGCUGCGAUGUGAACAGAGGACCAUCAUUUUCCUUAUAAAUAAUGGUGGAUACACCAUUGAAGUUGAGAUCCACGACGGGCCUUACAAUGUGAUUAAGAAUUGGAACUACACUGGUUUGGUUGAUGCAAUCCACAAUGGAGAAGGCAAAUGCUGGACAACCAAGGUCUUAUGUGAGGAGGAUCUGAUUGAAGCAAUAGAGACAGCAACUGGACCUAAGAAGGAUUGCUUGUGCUUCAUUGAAGUGAUCGUUCACAAGGAUGAUACAAGCAAAGAGCUGCUGGAAUGGGGCUCCAGGGUAUCAGCUGCCAAUAGUCGCCCGCCAAAUCCUCAGUAAACUUGGGCAUUACUGCAUCAUUGUUAUUAAGUUGCUAGCUGUUAAAUUUUCCUUUAUAUUGAUCGGUUGCAGAACAAAUUUGUUCGAUGCUUGCUAGUGUGCUGCGGGUUAGUGUGUGUAUUCAUUUUUUGAGUUGACUAUCUUUUUUUAUGGUCUCUUUUCCGUUGUACUAUCUUGUCUUUGGCUAUAUGCACAAAUUGAUCCACAUGAUAACAUGAAUAUUUUAUCGAAAAUGAUAUUUGUCUCAGUGAUUAAAGAACA